AAAAUAAAUAAUAAUAGAUUUCCUUUAUUAUUUAUUUUAGCAAGGCGUUAUUUAGCUAUUCCUGCUACCUCUGCUGCUAUAGAAAGUGUUUUUUUUAUUUUUAAUAUUAUAACUAAAUCUAGAAAUAGGCUUGAGCCUAGUUUAGUUAAGGAAAUAAUAUUAUUAAAAAGCUGGAUUAAAGAUUUUAAAGAGCUAGAAAAUGAAUAUUCUAAAGAAAAAAAUUAA